GUGCAAUAUUGCGUUUCCUAUACAUAGUUGCCAUUGUUGAGAGCAGCUGGCUGACGAAUAUUGCAUUGGAGGACAGGACAACUGCAACAUUGAACCAACUUGGAAUCAGAAAAUAAGAAAUAUCGGAAUGGCAACAGGCAAAAAGGCAUCAUCGCAACCCCUUGGACUGGAGCAGACUAACAACAGAUGGGGGGUUAUUGUCGUUAUUGCUGCCCAUUUAAACCUAACCAUUCAGGAAUGCGGCGCGAGGAGUUGUGAUGUCUUCUUUCUGAGCUGGAGAGAUGAGUUCGACACGAACGCUCAGGAGACUGCAGCCGUCCAAAGUAUCUUGGCAUCCGUCGCCAAUUUCAGCAAUCUGAUUGGCGGGUUUUUGAACAAACGCUUCGGCUGCAAAUUGACCGGAGUCAUUGGGGGUUUGCUGGCAGUGACCGGUACCUUCGGAAGCGUUUGGGUGCGAGACAUAUCUCAGCUGUACGUCACGGCUGCAAUCGCAGGUGCUGGCCUGGGAAUUACUGUCAACACCGCUGUGGUUGCGGUCGCGUUAAACUUCAAAAAGAGAUACAAGACCGCCAACGCUUUGGCAUACGCUGGCUGCGGCACAGGGAAAAUGGCCAUGCCGCCACUCAUCCAACUCCUCCUGAUGAGUUAUGGCUGGAGAGGGGCGAUGCUUAUUAUCUCGGCCAUUGCUGCAAACAUCGUGGUAUUCGCGACACUUUUCCGGCCACCUCGCAAGCGCGUAAAAGAAGAACCGGAUAUCAAUAUCAUCAAUAUCAGUGACAACCUCACUGAGGAAACGAAGGAAGAUUUGUUGAACAGGCAGCUUCAACCCGUAAUCGGAAAUGAUGACGUAGUUGAGAUGGAAUCAGCAACCGAUGCUUCGUCUGGUGGUCUGGAUAUCACGUCAAGCUCCUCUGUGAAAUACACCAAUGCUGAAGACAGGAAAUCAGGCGGCUACGAGUCUCUGCAAACCGGCCCCAGCGAGCCCAAACCGAAAGUCAGUUUCAUCAAUAAAGUGUCAUCAGAGCUUGGACUGACUGUUUUUCGCAAAAGCUACCGCUACAGCCUGCUGUGUCCUCUUGCACUCACGGCCAGCAUUUCUUACUUUGGUACCCCGCUGUUCAUCAUUCCACGCGCGCAGAGUAUCGGUGUGGCGCCCUCUAGUGCCGCCCUUAUACUCAGUAUGAACGGCGUCGGUGGCCUGCUGGGUCGUCUUGCCAACGGACUGCUCAUCAGUUGCAAGUUGUCCGCUGAGAUCGUCUGCUCCAUCUGUGCGGCUGUGGCCGGUGCGUCCUUGCUCCUCCUGAACCUUGACAACUACAUUUGUUUGUUCGUCGCUUCUUUCCUCCAGGGCUUCUUUUCUGGUGUGAUGUUUUCCAUUCUCAUUGUCCUGAUCCGGCGUUACAUUGGCUGCAAACAAUUCUCUGUUUGUGUCGGCUUCUAUUACUUCUGUCUCGGCAUCGGCAGUUUGGUUGGACCUCUAUUUGCAGGUUGGCUGUUUGAUAUCACCGAGAGCUAUGAGACGAUUUUCUACAUACAGGCAGGAGUUUUCUUUGUCUGUUGCAUCGGGAUAUGUCUCAUACCUGUGCUGAAGCGAUUAGAGCCGGGCAUCGGUGUUGAUUCAUCAGAUAAAAAUGAACUUGCGAAAUAAACUACACCUUCUCGGGAGAGUUUACUUCUGGUGGGUCUGGAAGUGCUGUAAACAGUAUUAUAAGAACCUUGAGACACAGGUAGGGCUGUUGAACAUAAUGAGCUUCAAGGGGCGUGGUUUGUCUCAGCCUGCAUCUUUUAUUUCUUUUAGACUAAGUAAGGGAGUUGAACACUAUUGUUGAUUGAUCAUUAAAGCAUAAUAAUAUAGUGUAAUUUAAUAUAAAGGUUUAACAAUGUAUUAUAGUAUCAAUCGAUAUAAAGUAUAACAGAAGUCAUUUACUCGCUUCGGUUACAUGGGAAAAACACUCGAGAACUUGGACAUGCAUAACUUGCAGACUCUACAGCACAUUCCGGAGAGGGGGGUCGACCAGUUAAACGUAAGGAAAAGUGGCUAUUCGGUCUGGCAAAUGUGGCUGUAACACAGAAACAAGUCAAUGAGGAUGAGAGUGGUCCAUUACCUUUCAAAAUAGGCCCAUUUUGAUCUUAUCCUAUUCCACUGCAGUUGGACACAUGUAUUUCACUCACCAAGUCUGAGGUAGAACCUCGGUUGCACUGAAUCCUGCAAGGCUACCCUCCAUAUGUGGAACUGCAGUGUGUCCCCUCUCAGUACCUGCAGUGCUGAGGAAACGAUGGAACAUGUCCUAAAGGAAUGCCGGCCCUCUUCAACGGUUCCAUUAUCCAAGGCACCAUCUCAACUCCCCCCCCCCCCCCCCCCCCCCCCCGCAGACGGCCGGGCGGUGACAUGGCUUUGAGAAGCACUAUUCCUGAAAAACAAAUAAAAUAUAAGUAUAGGUAUUUCAGAAUAUAUAUUGAAAUUAUCCUUGAGGCGAUAAUUGAGUAAUGGAGUGGUUAUGACCAAUAAAAUGUAGAUAAAAAAACCUUGUAUUUAUGUAAUGAUGUGCUGUGUAUAUACAGCAUAUAUAUUAUGCAACAUUUAUAUCCAUAUAUACACUUAUAAUCUCAUACGGUGACCGGUUGUGCUUACUUUUGCCGCAUUAGGGCGACC